AGGCGCUGUUUGGUGACACACACGCGCUCUGUCUCUCUCUAGACACUGUGAGGUUCCUCUGCUUCAGUUCACAAACAAGAACUGCCACGCAUAGAACUUCAAUUUUGAUCUUGCAACACUCUCUGGCCUGCUAUGUGUGCUCAAAUAAUAGAUUAUACAAUUGAAAUGAUAUAGUCAUGUGAUCUGUGACGUUGUUCUGUGUGCUGAAAUUGAGGCCGAUAUGUGUUUGGGACCACUAGACAUUUUGGAAUUUGGCAUAUGUAGCUGAUGAAGUGAAAGCUUCUGAACGAUAGAUAAUGUUCUCUAUCCUUCGCUAUACUGCUGCUUAUAUUCAUUGUUUGUUCUAACAAUGCAUGGUCUUAUUAGAGGAGAAAUCAAAGGGAAAAGCCUAUGCCCACUAUCAAUUUUUUUAUUUUAAAUAAAUAAUCCUUAUGGGGAUCACUCUCUUUUCCUCUAAUAAAUUGUCAAAAUUUUGACUUCCUUUGCUUUCUGCUGGUCUAUUGAACCUUCUACUUUUUCUGAUUUGAGAUUGAGUCACUUGACAAAUAUGUACACCGGUGGUUACACUGCUGAAGUUACAAACUUAUCCCCAAGAGCAACAGAGAAUGAUGUGCACAAUUUUUUUGCAUACUGUGGGAUAAUUGAGCAUGUAGAAAUAUUAAGAUCUGGUGACAAUGCUUCUACUGCAUAUGUGACUUAUCGGGAUGGUUAUGCUCUGGAAACUGCAUUAUUGCUGAAUGGAUCCAUGAUUUUGGACCAAUGCAUAUUCAUUUCACGCUGUGACGCUUAUGUAGAUGACAGUGAUACUUGGGGCAGUCAUGCAUCAAAGCCUGAAUACAGUAUUACAACCUCACAAGAUGUUCACAUGGAUAAGUUUGUUUCUUCCCCAGGAGAAGCACUAACUAUGGCUCAGGAGGUAGUCAAAACAAUGGUGGCUAAGGGAUAUGUGCUGGGAAAAGAUGCAUUUGUGAUGGCAAAAGCCUUUGAUGAAUCUCAUAACGUAUCAUCUACAGCAGCAUCCAAGGUUGCUGAACUAAGUAAUAAAAUUGGUUUAACUGAUACCAUUAAUUCAGGCAUUGAAACUUUUAAAUCUGUGGACGAGAAGUAUCAUGUUACAGACUUCACCAAAUCAGCUGCAGAAGUGACAGGAACAACAGCUAUAGUUGUGGCCACAGUUACUGGUAAAGCAGCUGUGGCUGCUGGAAAUGCUAUAGUCAACAGUAGCUACUUUGCCAAAGGAGCUCUUUGGGUUUCAGAUAUGUUGACACGUGCAGCGAAAGCAACCGCUGAUUUGGGUCAGAAUGAAAAGAAAUGAAACCCCAAACAUAAACUGCUCUUUAAUGUAUUUGAUUGUUGCAAACAAACAAAUAAAAGCAUUUGUUUGUUGGUACUUUAUCAGAGUAUGGGGCAUGAACUUGCUCUACAUGUGUGGUGGCUACUCAUCUGGUGCAAUUGUUCAUAUCAGUAGUUUUGGAGGAUCCAUGAUAAGCAGCCACUUAUUUGUUUAUCCUUUUCGAAAAUAGAACACACGGAACAUUUUCUAGUUGUAUGUACUAUUGUUUCUUGUCU